CGGCGGCGGCGGCGCGCGCAGGGCCUGACGGGAGCCACGUCUGUCCCGGUCGGGGACUGAGCCGCUAUUGGCGUCCGGGCCGCGAUCGGGGGCUGCUGGGAAGAUGGCGGACUCGGUGGCCCGCCGAUGAGGAAGCCGCGGAGGGAGCCCGGCUCCCGGGCCCCGAGACCGACUGAGGGAGCGACCUGCGCGGGGCCUGGGGAGUCAUGGUCUCCAACACCAAACUCCAUGCUUCGAGUCCUGCUCUCUGCCCAGGCCUCUGCUGCUCGGCUCUCUGGCCUGCUGCUGCUCCCACCAGUACAGCCCUGUUGUCUGGGGCCCGGCAAGUGGGGGGACUGGCCUCCUGGAGGAGGCCUCCAUGCAGGCCCCGUGCAGGGGCUACAGCGGCUUCUGGAACAGGCGAGGAGCCCGGGGGAGCUGCUGCGCUGGCUGGGCCAGAACCCCACCAAGGUGCGCGCCCAUCACUACCCCGUGGCACUUCGUCGUCUGGGCCAGCUCUUGGGGUCUCAGCCACGGCCCCCUCCUGUGGAGCAGGCCACACUACAGGACUUGAGUCAGCUCAUCAUCCGAAACUGCCCCUCCUUUGAUAUUCACACCAUCCACGUGUGUCUGCACCUUGCAGUCUUACUUGGCUUCCCGUCAGAUGGGCCCUUGAUGUGUGCCCUGGAGCAGGAGAGAAGGUUCCGCCUCCCUCCGAAGCCACCUCCCUCUCUGCAACCUGUCCUGCACGGUGGGCAAAGAUUGGAAGCUGCUCUGAGCUGCCCUCGUUUCCUGAGGCAUCCACGGCAGCAUCUCAUCCGCAGCCUGGCAGAGGCCAGGCCGGAGGAACUGACACCCCACGUGAUGGUGCUCCUGGCCCAGCACCUGGCCCGGCACCGGUUGCGGGAGCCCCAGCUUCUGGAAGCCAUUGCCCAUUUCCUGGUGGUCCAGGAAAUGCAGCUCAGCAGCAAGGUGGUACAGAAGUUGGUCCUGCCCUUUGGGCGGCUGAACUACUUGCCCCUGGAACAGCAGUUUAUGCCCUGCCUUGAGAGGAUCCUGGCUCGGGAAGCAGGGGUGGCUCCCCUGGCUACUGUCAACAUCUUGAUGUCACUGUGCCAGCUGCGGUGCCUGCCCUUCAGGGCCCUGCACUUUGUCUUUUCCCCAGGAUUCAUCAACCACAUCAGUGGCACCCCUCACGCCCUGAUUGUGCGGCGCUACCUCUCCCUGCUGGACGCAGCCGUGGAGCUGGAACUUCCAGGAUACCGGGGUCCCCGCCUUCCCCGAAGGCAGCAAGUGCCCAUCUUCCCCCAGCCACUCAUCACUGACCGUGCCCGCUGCAAGUACAGUCACAAGGAUAUAGUGGCGGAGGGGCUGCGCCAGCUGCUGGGGGAAGAGAAGUACCGGCAGGACCUGACUGUGCCUCCAGGCUACUGCACAGACUUCCUGUUGUGUGUCAGCAGCUCUGGUGCCGUGCUGCCCGUGAGGACCCAGGACCCCUUCCUACCAUACCCUCCCAGGUCCUGUCCCCAGGGCCAGGCUGCCUCUCAGCCCACGACCCACGACCCGGCCCAAAGGGUGGUGCUGAUGCUGCGGGAGCGCUGGCAUUUCUGCCGCGACGGCCGAGUGCUGCUGGGCUCGCGGGCCCUACGGGAGCGGCACCUGGGCCUGAUGGGCUACCAGCUCCUGCCGCUGCCCUUCGAGGAACUGGAGUCACAGAGAGGCCUGCCCCAGCUCAAGAGCUACCUGAGGCAGAAGCUCCAGGCCUUGGGCCUCCGCUGGGGGCCUGAAGGGGGAUUCGGGUGAGCACCACCAUGCGGAGCGGCACUGUGAGGAUGAGGAUGAAGGGGAAGGCCAGGGAGGCGGCUGUGGACAUGACCGCCCAGAGCAAGGCCAAGCAGAGCAGCUGCAGGGCUGUGAACAG